AUGAAUACUAUUGAAUUUUCUAACGAUAUUAAUGGUACUUCUAGAGAACAAAUAACUUCAGGAUCAUCAAAGGGCAGACCACUUGAAACUCUUAAUAUACCUGAUAUUGCAUUUGAAGAAGCAUCUAGGUUGUGCACUUAUGGAAAACAGAUAGGAUUUGUGUGGAAAUUCAAGAAAAAAUUUGAAAAAAACUGGUGGUGUUUACAAUUCUAUUUGAAUACCAUUUAUGGAAUUGAUCAACACACAUUACAACUACGUGAAUUUAAAAAUCAAUUGUUUUUGGAUAAAGAUUUAGCUAAUGCUAUCCAGCAUUUUCGAAAAGGUGAUCCUGAACAAGAUCCAGAAAAUGAUGCGUCAAAUCUUCUUAAAGAAUUACUAAAAAGGAAAGAAGAAGAUCCUACAUGGUUUAUAGCCUAUCAUUGUGUUAAAAAUCGUCUUUUUCAUUUAUUUUAG